UGCAUGUAUUGUGUAAAUAUAUACGUAUAUUAUUGUUUUCUAGCUCUUUCAGACAUAUAAUAAUGAUAUAAAAUAAAUAUUCAUAUAAAUAUAGAUAAAUUGUCUCUGUUCAUUGCUUCGGUUACGAUUUUUUACAAUUUGAAUUUGGCGCAAGUUAGUUCACACAGAGCUUAAUAGAGGGCGUACAUGACGGUACUGUCAUUAAUUAAUAGAACCAGUCUCCUUUCUAGCAUAUAUACCAAGCACAGAUAAAAUUUUAGGAAAUAUAAGAAAUACAAUUAGUAAAAAGUAACUACAUUAUGGAUGUUUAUUUUUCUUGUAGUCUAUAAGAAUAAGUGUAAAACAUGACAAUGUUAUUGAUAUAAUCUUUAUUAUUCAAAAUAUUAAUAAUAAUUGAUAACCUUUUCAUCUAUAUAUUUACGUACGUGACAGAAAAAAUAUUUUUCCUUAAUUCACAAGAAUAUUUUAUUGUAAUUAAAUAUAAUAAACAAAAUUACAAAAUAAAUAUAUAAGAAUUAAUAUAUAAAGAAACGUGAAAAUGUCAGAAUAUGAUAAAGUGAGAACUGGAAAACUUGUUUUGAAAGGUGAAAAGAAAAGAACGAAAAAGAGGAAAUUGAAAAAACAAGAGAAAGGACAUAUUAUAACCUCAGAAGAUAAAGAUACCAUAAGUCAUGGUGGUUGGUGGAAAGCUACACAAGUGUCAGAAGUUACAGGAACAGUAGCAAUUGAAUUUGGAAAUCAUAUCUACAUGAAAGCGUUAGAUAAUGGAUUAUUUACCUUAGGUGCACCUCACAAUGAAGGCGAAGGGCCUUUACCAGAAGAGAUUCUAACAGCUUUUCCAAUAAGUGAAACUAAAGUUGCAUUGAAAUCUGGUUAUGGAAAAUACUUAGGUAUUGAUAAAAAAGGCGUUGUCAUUGGAAGAAGUGAUGCAGUAGGCAUGAUUGAACAGUGGGAACCAAUAUUUCAGGAUAACAAGCUUGCUAUUUUAAAUAGCAACGAUUGUUUCAUAUCAGUUACAGAUGAAGAUGAUAUUAUUUGUCAGAAAAGGACUGCUGGCUCUUCUGAGUUUUGUACUAUAAGAAGUAUAACUCAAAGAGCUCAAGAUCCAAAUAAGGACAUUCCCAAAGAGGAACAGGGUUCUCUUCAUGAUGUUGAAGUGAAUUAUGUGAGGAAGUUCCAGAAAUUCCAGGACAAAAAAUUAAGAAUAAGUAAAGAGGAUAGUUCUAAACUAGAGAAAGCAAAACGAGAAGGAACUUUACAUGAAGCUUUAUUAGAUAGAAGAAGCAAGAUGAAGGCAGAUCGAUAUUGUAAAUAAUUUUAUACAAAAUUGCAUUAUGCAUUUAAACAUGUAUUUAAACAUGUAUUUAGAUAAUUACUGACUUCUAAAAUGUAUAAAUUUUUAAUAAAAAUAUGAAAAAAGUAUAUGAUUAC